AUGGGGAACACCAUCAGGGCCCUAGUGGCCUUUAUCCCUGCUGAGCACUGCCAGAGCUACGUGGUUGGAGACCUUCGCGAGAUGCCACUGGACAGGAUGGUGGACCUGAGCGGGAGCCAGCUGCGCCGCCUCCCCCUGCACCUGUGCUCCUUUGGGGCACUGGUCAAGCUCUACCUGAGUGACAACCACCUGCACAGCCUGCCUCCGGAGCUGGGCCAGCUGCAGAACCUGCAGAUCCUGGCCUUGGACUUCAACAACUUCAAGACUCUGCCCCAGGUGGUGUGCACCCUGAAACACCUCUGCAUCCUCUACCUAGGCAACAACAAGCUCUGUGACCUCCCCAGCGAGCUGAGCCUGCUCCAGAACCUGCGGACCCUGUGGAUUGAGGCCAACCACCUCACCCAGCUGCCGGACGUGGUCUGCGAGCUGAGGCUCCUUAAGACUCUGCAUGCGGGCUCCAAUGCCCUGCGUGUGCUGCCAGGCCAGCUCCAGCGCCUCCAGGAGUUAAGGACUAUCUGGCUGUCGGGCAACCUGCUGACCAGCUUCCCCCCUGUGCUGCUUCACAUGCCCUUCCUGGAGGUGAUCGACGUGGACCGGAACUGCAUCCAGCACUUCCCCAGCCUGGCCCACCUCUCGAGCCUGAAGCUGGUCAUCUAUGACCACAAUCCUUGUAGGAAUGCACCUAAGGUGGCCAAAGGUGUGCGCCGAGUGGGAAGAUGGGCAGAGGAGACACCGGAGCCUGACCCCAGAAAAGCCCGGCGUUAUGCACUAGUCAAAGAGGACAGCCAAGAGCCACAGACCCCUGCCCCAUCUCCCCCAACCCCUCCUGCCAACUCCUAA